CCAAGCGGUCUCUUGUGAUUCAGUUAGCUAGAAAGUAGAGGUGCAACAGGUUGGCCAGUUACCUAUACGAGUUUUGGUGUUCCGAGUACGAGCGAUGCCAUAUUUAUCUUACCUGAUUGAGAGCAGGUGCUGCUUGACCCGCGGCCUCUAUCUUCCCUUGUUUUCAGUAAUAUCCCAAGACGAGAAACAGAUGCCAUAUUUAUCUUACCUGAUUGAGAGCAGGUGCUGCUUGACCCGCGGCCUCUAUCUUCCCUUGUUUUCAGUAAUAUCCCAAGACGAGAAACAAAUGGAGAACCGAACAACCUUCGCUAGAUCUGUAGGUUCUGGUUCCAUUUUUCUCUUAAGAAUGAGGUUAGCUGCAUGACUUUUGCAACCAGGUAAGGCUUUGUUCCAGAGACAGUGUGCAUAGACAUUUUUUAUUUUUUACAUGGAACAAAUCAAAACAGCAGCAUCUUGUCACAAUUGAUACGUAACUCGGAUUAUACAAUGGUCAAUUGGUUUGUGCCAUCAGAAGAUUUUCUCGAUCAAGACUCAUCCGGGAGUCGGUAUGUGAAUCUUAAUAAUUAAUCAGGAAAAUGACGGAGACGUGGAAGCUCAGAAGUAGAGCUUGGUGUGGUGAGAAAGCCAGCAAAACAUACAUCCAUAUUAUAUGUUAUCAUCUAUAAAGAAGGAAGGGGUUAUGGGCAUGGUAGUUCCCAUUCAAUUCUCUGCAUUCCGCAAUCACUUCUCUUCCCUUAAAAAAAUGGAAAAUCACUCAACAUCUGCAUCUUCUGUUCACAUUGUCUCUCUCUGUGUUAGCUGCAGACGGUGAGUGCUUGGACUUGUGGUUGGUGUAUUGAUAUAUGAGCUCGUGUUGAGGGAGGAUUGAACAGAGAGAUGAAACUAAAUCAGCACAUCUGGGAAGAGCCAGGGAACUGCUUCGGAGGCAUGGGUGAUCAAGAAGAUCGGAAACCUGCACCGACUCUGUCUGUGAUCCAAAGGCUCGAUCGCCUUGAUCACCAGAUAUUAGAGGAGAGGCACGGCCUGUCGGCAAGGCACCCAAAUGAUCUCGUUGCGAGGAAAGUCGACCCUCGAGAUGAAUGCAAGAGUAUAUCCUCUGUCUUGGAGGAAGUCCACCAAAAAGGCACGCUAGUGGAGCGGGUCGCGAUGCUCGAGGAUCGAGUAUUACAGCUGAGCUUGGAGAUUGAUUCCGGCAACACAUGGAAGUCAAACUCUUCCUGUGCAUUCACUGAGAAAAUUGGAAAUAGUGAGCGGUAUCCAGAUACAGCAGUAAGAGAAAAAAAUUGUGAAGAUGCCGCUAUGAUUCCUGGGGAAAAUAAUAACCUGAGUCCUCUCAAAACUCAAAAGAUGGGUUGUGCUCCAAAGCCAAAGGGGAGAGGAGAAGGCAAGAGAUCAGUGCUGAAGAGAAGAGAAUGGUUUGGAUGUUUCAGAGUUGAAUGCUGAUUCAGAUUCACUGUCCAUACCAGUCACCAGCCAUAUCUUCUAACAUUGUGAUAAAUAAGUUGAUUUUGAUUUUUAAUCAAUUGCCUCAAGUCAUCACUUUA